UCACCUUUCUCUCUGUUCAUCUCAAUGGCCCCUUGCUCUCUCACUGCUACCACCGCCUUCACACCCUUUAUAAACCAUUUCACAUUCCCACUAUUUUCUCUGAUCACCCUUCCUCAUUAGCCACAAACAUGAACCCAAAACAACUAAAUGAUCCUAAAUUAACAGCUCCAGAGGGAACACUUGAAUUAUCUUCCAUUCUCUUGGAUUACGAUGAAACAUUGCUGUCAAGCUCUUUUCUACGUGAUACCUUUUCUAUUCCUUCUCCUCCUUCCCAGUUACCUUCAUCAAGCGCUGAGUUUGAGAAGGUAAUUAGUUUUCCACAGCCUCUUGAAUGCUUGCAAGGGAACCCAGUUCCUCCAUUUCUAUCCAAGACUUUCGAUCUCGUCCAAGAUCCAUCCAUUGAUCCCAUUGUAUCCUGGGCAUUCACUGGUGUUAGUUUCGUGGUGUGGGAUCCUACCCUGUUUGCAAGACACGUUUUGCCAAGGCAUUUCAAGCAUAACAAUUUCUCCAGUUUUGUUCGCCAGUUAAAUACUUAUGUGGGUAUUGCUGUAACACACAAUUGUCCUUCACUUUUUUUUCCCUUUCCUCCCCCUUUCUUGCCCUUUCUAUUAGCUGCUCCGUCCAUUCUCAAGUCACUUGGCAUUUGUAUUCAGGGAUUCCGCAAGAUUGACACUGAUAAGUGGGAAUUUUUUAAUGAAGCUUUCCAACGAGGAAAGAAAGAUCUUCUGAAGAACAUCCAAAGGCGCAGGCCACCUCAGCCACAACAGGUUGGGAGCAAUAUUGGGCCUUACACUGAUGCAACGAAGUCUGGACUUGAAUUUGAGAUAGAAGGACUGAGGAAGGAGAGAAGGGUGUUAAUGCAAGAGGUGGUUGAGUUACAGCAACAGCAGCUAACAAUGCUACAACGUGCAAGACAAGUGAAUCAAAGGCUCCAAUCUGCAGAGCAAAUACAAAAACAAACGGUUUCUUUCUUGGCAAAGCUGUUUGAAAACCCAUCAUUUUCAACUCACCUUAAGCAUGAGAAGGAACAAAGAGACAUGGGUUCUCAUAGAGUAAAAAGGAAGUUUGUCAAGCAGCACCAAGACCAAACAGAAAUAUCAGAUUCUUUGAAUGAAGGGAAGAUUGUGAGAUAUCAACCUGAUUGGAAAAACAUAACCAUCUCUUCUGAAAUGCCAGAUAUAUAUUCAGUUUCCACUGAACAGUCUCCAAAUUACCUUUCACAGGUUUUGGCAAAAGAAGGUAAAGAGAAUCUGAUACCAGGUGAAUUGGCUGUAGUGCAUGAGGUUAUGCCAACUGUGGAAAUCAUAGAAGGGUCAUCAAACUUUGGACUUGAAGGUACCCUUUUCAAAGGGAAAAAUGUUAUGAGCUUAAGUCAACAAAUUCUUGCAGAAGAUUUUGUUUCUUUCCCAGAGGCUUUGACCAAGGAGGCAAAAGUUCCAGAGUUUUCACCUCUUGGAACUGAAAGCAUCAUGAAAUUGGAAGAUAUAUGGAACACCAACUUUAAUGUUAGUGGCGCUCUUUCAAGCUCAGGGAGUGAGCCGUGGGAAAAUCCUAUCCAUCAUGAAGUGCUAGAAUUUGGAGUCAUAAGUGGUAUGUCAGAGAUGUGGGAUAUUGGCUCUCUGCGAGCGAAAGGAACUUUCCUAACUGAUGGGUCAACACCUUUGAAAUAGAAAGUCUAGCUGAUCAGUGAUCUGUCAAAAGAUCAUAGAAAUAAGAAUGUUGAUCCAUUGGGCUUCAUCUGCUUCUGCACUUUUUGCCAUUGCAUAUUGUGUUGUGUUUAGUUUG